AUGAUUAGUAAUAAUGAAAAUGUUCAAUCAUCAGAUCGAUCAAAAUUUCGUUUGUUUGAUUUAAGUGAACUUGAUGGAGACGACUAUAUAUUGGAAGUAAUAAACAAAACUCAAACAUUUAAAACACCAAGCGUCAUUCAAGUUACCAAUAUCAAUAUGAACACUCGUGUCAGUGUUGAAUCUGUUUCAUAUACGUAUCAAGAGUUUUUUCGAAGUUAUUUUAACUCCUAUUCAUUUGGUAUUUCAAUACCUAUUGGACCAGCACAAAUAUCACUUGGUUACCAUCGAACAUUGAGUGAAGCCUAUCAAACUAUAAAUAAAUAUCAAACGGCUAUUGGAAUAUCAACGGAUUGGUGGGGAAUGUUUUCGGUUCAAUUGGCACCAGUUUAUAUUCUGAAAUUUGAUCCGAUAUUCAAUCGUAGUCUGUCAAAAUUAGUCGCUAAUCCGACAACAGAAACCAUGCAAAUGUAUUAUAAUCAGCUGAUAUCUACAUUUGGUACACAUUAUACUUCGUCAAUUAUUGUUGGUGGUAAUGUGGAAAUGUUCACUAAAGUCAAUAGUGAAUAUCAAGAAACUACUAGUAAACAAUCAAUUUCACAGCAAAUAAGCAUUGGCUUCGACUUCCAAGUGUAUAAAAUGUCAACUACUAUUGAUAUUGGUGAAGAUAUUGGUGUUACUACCGAAGACUUUAAAAAAAAUACACAAAUAGAAGUUAAAUUCUCUCCAGCGGUAAUAACAACACCUCAAACAAAAAAUAAACAAUAUGAUAUUUGGUUAGACCGAGCUUCAUCUACACCAGUAGUUGUUAAUCGAACUCUAUUACCAUUGGUAGAUCUAUUGAUCGAAUAUCCGAUUGAAAUACGACGUCAUCUACAAUUGACUAUUGAUUAUUACCUGACAAAUGGCAUGUUACCAACUAUCGAUCAACUGACGAAUGUUGAAAAGCGUAAGAAACGUGCAACCAAUGAUCAUAAUACCUUACCAGGUUUAGAUGUUGUCGGAUGUGGUUAUGAUAUUUUCUCAUUGAAAAGUAAAUCUUGUCUACUGAAUAUAACGAUGAAUGAUAAUACAACAUGGUUAGAUCUAUUGAAUAAUUUCAUGACAUAUAAAGUUCCAGAUGGAUAUUUUGUGACAAGUACUAAAGAUUUAUUAUCAAUGUCAGAUACAAAAUUUUUUAAUACAUUCAAAGAAUUCAUUACUGAUUCAUAUAUAACAAAUCAAUAUGAUUCAUUUGGCUUCUUAGGUUUUGGAGCAUCGACGGACCGACAAGAAAUAAGAACGAGAUAUCAACAGUUUUAUCAACACAAAUAUCGAAUGGCAUGGAUGAAACAACAGAUCAUUUGGUUUACAUUGGCUGCAGUAACAUUUCCUCCGCCCAGACUUAAUCGAAUUGCUCACUUGUCCAUUUCGAGUUUACCUACAACAUUCGAUUCAAAUUCAACUGAUCACAAGAAAUUUCAGCAAUUUUUCAAUGCCUAUGGUACUCAUAUUGUUGUUCGAGCUGAUAUAGGUGGUAUGUUAUGGGCUGAAGACUAUUUUGAGUCGUGUUUAAUCACUAAAAUGACUGAAACAUGGAUUCGACGAGAAAUUACCAAACGUUAUUGGUUUUUUGCUACAAGUCGAGAAAUCAUUGACAUCUAUCACAAAGAAGUUGACAAAGAAUAUCAACAGAAUUCGCUAUCCUCUCUCAAGGUUAUUGGAGGAUUUGCUUCAAUACAUCCAUUCAAUGGUUAUACUUGGCUUCCGACGAUCAAAGACAAUCCAAGUCCAGUUACAUAUGUAUUACAACCUAUCUAUACACUUUUACCACUAGGUGCACAGCGUGAUGCAUUGAAAGAAGCAACAUUCUACUUUCGAUCGGCCAUGACUAAUAAAUCAAAUUUAUAUAUUCAACGGUUAGAAUCUGAAACAAGUCCACCGCCUUUACCACAAUUGAAAUGUACUGAACGGCGUCGACGAAGAAAACGUUAUAUUCAAAAAUUAUCCUUUUUUACGUAG